CAGCCCGGCGCGCGCCUCACGUACAACCCGCAGCCUGGCGCGCGGCCGCCUCACCUCCACGCGAAGCCUCAGGCGAGCGACCUAAGCAGCGGGGCGGAGACAGACAGCGAGCGAGCGAGCCGCGCCGGCGCGGGACGGGGAGCGGUGCCCGCCCUGCGCUUGGCGGAGGGGAGCCGCGGCCAUGGCGGGCCGCGCCGCGCUGCAGCGGAGCGUUGUGUCCCCGGCGGGCAGGCACCGCGCCUCGGUGAUCCUGCUGCACGGCUCAGGUGACACUGGCCCAGGAGUAAGAGCAUGGAUCAAACAAGUUCUGAAUCAGGAUUUGGUUUUCCAGCAUAUAAAAAUAAUUUAUCCAACAGCUCCUGCCAGACCGUAUACACCUAUGAGAGGAGCCCUCUCCACUGUGUGGUUUGACAGAUGGAAGAUCUCUAAUGACUGUCCAGAACACAUUGAAACCAUAGACUCAAUGUGUCAGGUGCUUACAAACGUGAUUGAUGAUGAAGUUAAAAAUGGCAUCAGCAAGAACAGGAUAAUUUUAGGAGGUUUUUCAAUGGGAGGUGGCAUGGCAAUGCAUUUAGCAUACAGGUAUCAUCAAGAUGUGGCUGGAGUCUUUGCUCUUUCUAGCUUUCUCAAUAAGACAUCUGCUGUUUACCAGGCUUUACAGAAAAAUGAAAGUGUCCUUCCUGAAUUAUUUCAGUGUCAUGGAACAGCUGAUGAGUUAGUUCUGCACUCGUGGGGUGAAGAGACCAACAAGAUGUUAAAAUCAUUGGGAGUAGCAACAUCUUUUCAUAGUUUUCCAAAUCUUAAUCAUGAGUUACACAAAACUGAACUGGAAAAAUUGAGCUCCUGGAUUGUAAAGAAAUUGCCUGUGGAGACAGCAAUGUCAAAUGAAUAAAUGAAAUUAACUUAA